GGGGGCAGCAGAAACAAGCCACACACACAACAUUGUGUCUGUAUUGGCUACUACGUGUUCGCUAAAACCUCCUAACUUAUGCAGAAGUUAUGGGCAACAUUCUUAUUUACAUGGAGGCGUAUCUGUGGAAACCUCGCGAAUAUGCAGGAGACGGGCGGCCCCCAUCGAGGCUCUCAGCGGGUCUUCAGCGUCCUGGAUCGCCUGCUGCUCACUCACCCUGUGUGGCUGCAGCUGUCACUCAACCAGGACUCCGCCCUCUACGUCCUGCUCAGGGAGCCUGUUGGGACCUUCUUGGUGUGCAAGUGCAGCUCCAGCCAGAGGAAGGUGCUGUGUUUGAGAGCCACGGCGGACAAAAGCGCCUCCUCCGUCAAGGAGUGCUUCAUCUGCGAGGAGGACUCCACAUUCGCCCUGGAGAGCUCGGCGCUCACCUUCCCGGACCUGUGUCGCCUGGUGGCCUUCUACUGCAUCAGCAGAGAUGUGUUGCCCUUCCCGCUGCAGCUGCCAGAAGCCAUCGCUGCAGCCACGACACACAGGCAGCUGGAGGCCAUUUCCCACAUGGGACAAGAGUUCUGGAGCACGCCGACGGCUUCCGAGGUCCAGAACGGACCGGCGAGCCCGGUCGCCUCCACCGGCGGCAGCCAGGACCGCCGCGCACUCCGGGGCGGACCCGGCAAACUCUGCUUCAUCAACCCCCUCUUCCUGCAGCUGGAGGUCAGCGUGCAGCAAACGCCGCAGCCGCAGCAGCAGCAGCAGCAGCAGCUCGUUAACCACAGCGCCUCCAACAAGCGGCACCGCUUCAAGCGCAGCAUGCGGCUCCGGCUCUCCGAGUCCUCCAUGAACCUGUCCCUGGAGGGGGUCGGCUCCUACUCGCCCCCCUCCUCGCUGGAGCGGCUGGGCGCGUCGGAGAGGCUGCAGAAGCCCGGCGGCAUCCCGCAGAGAAGAGUUCACCCCGGGGCGGGGGUCCUGAGGAGAACGCCCGCCGUGUCACCGGGCUCCGCGGAGGAAGAGGACGGGAUGUCCGUCUACGUGCCAGGAACGCGCGCCACCGCGGAGGAGCCCCCGCAGGCCCGGCAGUCGGUGCGGGCGGCGGAGAGCGGCAUCGAGGUGGCGGUCCUGGCCCUGGAGCGCCGCCCGGCGCCGUCCCUGGCCGAGCUGGACAGCAGCAGCUCCUUCAGCAGCAUGGACGAGGACAACGACUCCGACCCGGAGCCCGAUGGCGCCGCGCGGCCCCUCGGCCGCUUCCACCAGCGGCCGCCGCUCGUGCGCUCCCGAGGCCGCGGCGGGCUGCACCGCAUGAGCGAGGCCUUCGUCUGCUUCUUCGCGCCGGACAAGCGGCUGACGCGGCUGGUGGAGGAGCUGUCCAGAGACAGGCGCUCCGCCUUCGGCGGCAUGGUUCAGGACUUCCUGCUGGCGCAGAGGGAGGCGCUCAAAUCCCUGGCGGCCUCUCCCUCGCCCUCUUCCUCGCGCCGCGUGACGUCCGUGCAGCUGCUCCAGGGCCUGCGCCUCUUCCUCUCUCAGGCAAAGUGCUGCCUGCUGGACAGCGGAGAGCUGGAGCCGCCCAUCGAGACCCUGGUGCCAGAGAACGAGAAAGACCUGGCGCUGGAGCGGGCCAUGUUCUCCUGCGUGCUGCGGCCCCUGAGGUCCCACCUGGAAAGGGCCCUGGCGGCGUCGCACGCCCAGGACGGCAGCAGCCGGCGCCUCGCCCAGAACAUGGCGCGCCUGAAGGGGGACGGCGCCAUGGAGCGGCUCGGCGUGCGGACGGGCGUCCCCGACGGCCGCGAGGUGGAGCGGGUGAAGCAGAAGCUGCUGCUGAUGCAGAGGACGCACUCGCCCAUCGACAAGGUGCUGCUGCUGCUGCAGGUGUGCAAGUGCGUGCACAAGGCCAUGGGCUCCCUGCCUGGACAGGAAGUGAGUUGGGAGGACUUCCUGCCGUCGCUGUCCUACGUGAUUGUGGAGUGCAACAGGCCUCACAUCCUCAUAGAGGUGGAGUACAUGAUGGAGCUGCUGGAGCCCUCCUGGCUGGGCGGAGAGGGUGGGUACUACCUGACCAGCGUGUACGCCGGCCUGUGUCUGAUCCAGAGCCUGGACGGGGACCAGCCCGUCUCCGGCUGCCUGACCCCCCAGGCCCAGGAGGCUCUGAAGGAGUGGAGCUGCAGAAGGAGCCGAGAGGCCCAGAGACAACAGGACGACCAGCAGAGCCAGAGGUGCGUUCGGAUACUGUUCCAGGACGGCGAGCGGAGCGCCGCGCGGACGUUGCAGUGGAGAGCCGGGGAGACCAGCCAGGCGCUGGCGCAGCUGUGCGCCGCCACCUUCGGCGUGUCCGACCCGGAGCAGUACGCCCUGUACUGGCGCAGCGGCGGCGAGAUGAGGCCCCUGCCGCCGCAGGCGCAGCCGCAGGACCUGGCCGGCCACAGCGAGGGGGGGCCCUCGCUCUCCUACCUGAGGACCGACCACGACUUCAGCAAGAUGCGGCGGCUCACCAGAGGUGGCGCCGUGGACCUGAGCGAGUCGGUGUGUGAGGAGUGAGUGGGAGGGAAUGGAGGG